AAAGGUUAAUAUUUUAUUGUAUUAAACACAAGACUGUCCAGACCAAGAGUAACAAUCAUUAUCUGUGGUUGUGGUACUUUUUAGGCUUGUGGACUGUGUCGGUGUGUCUAUAAACCAUACGUUUGUCAUUAUAUAUAGAUCUAAGUCGUGCACACAGUUCUUUUUCGUAUAGAUGAUAUUCUUUCAGGUUUUGCCAUGACAUCAAGUACCAAGCUUACUCUUGUUUCCAGUAACAAGUGUUUUAAUGGUGAGCAGAGAGUCUACAGCCAUGAGAGUUCAGAGGUCGGAUGUACCAUGAAAUUUGGAAUCUUUCUUCCUGCCAGUGCUCUGGAUGGCACCAAGCUUCCUGUUCUGUACUGGCUAUCAGGUUUGACAUGCACAGAACAGAACUUUAUAACAAAAGCUGGAGCCCAGAGAGUGGCUGCUAAACAGAAUGUUAUCAUAGUGAACCCAGACACAAGCCCAAGAGGCUGUAACAUUGAAGGUGAAGAUGAUAGUUAUGACUUUGGCACAGGGGCAGGAUUCUAUGUAGAUGCAACUACUGAGAAGUGGAAGAAGAACUAUCGAAUGUAUUCAUAUGUUACCAUAGAACUUAUUGAUGUUAUUAAUGAAAACUUUCAAACUAUUCCAGACAGAAAAGGUAUUUUUGGACAUAGUAUGGGUGGACACGGUGCACUAAUCUGCGCCCUGAAGAACCCUGGCUUGUACCGAUCUGUCAGUGCCUUUGCUCCCAUUGCUCACCCAACCAAAUGUGCCUGGGGAAAGAAAUGCUUCACAGGUUACCUUGGACCUGAUGAUCACGUGUGGCGGGAGUAUGAUGCCACUGAGCUAGUCAAGUCUUACAAUGGUCCCCCUUUGGAUAUUUUAGUGGAUCAGGGUGCCUCUGAUGAUUUCCUGAAGGAGGGUCAGCUACUCCCAGAGAGGUUGAUGGAAUCCUGUGCUGAGAGCAAGAUGCCAUGUAUAAUGAGGAUGCAGGAGGGCUAUGACCACAGUUAUUAUUUCAUUUCCACAUUCAUAGAAGACCACAUCAACCACCACGCCAAGCACUUGCAUGGCUGAACUGUUCAAGGUGGUAGACUUGAUGUAUUUCAAAGUUAAUGUCACAAUUAAGUUGUUUUGUUUUUGUUGUUCAAUUACCUGGAGCCAUGAAGACACUUCUUGUUUUUGUUGUUCAAUGAACUGGAGCCAUAAAGACACUUCUUGUUUUUGUUGUUCAAUUAACUGGAGCCAUAAAGACACGUCUUGUAACAAGUUUUCUUUUGAUGUAUGAUUGUACUUUAAAUCAUUUUGCAGUUGCACUGUAGAUAUAUAUGACAAUAUAAUGUGUUAUCUAAAAAGAAAA